UCUACUGGGAUGUCAUGCAGGAGAACUAUGAGACUGUGACCUCGCUGGGCCAGAGAAUAACAUCCAUGUUUCGCUGCAGAUCAUCUCGUCCUCCCAGGGGCAAGGAAAUGGCUGCAAUGGAGCUGGCUCAGGGGCCGGUGACCUUCGAGGAGGUGGCUGUGUAUUUCUCCAGGGAAGAGGGGACUCUGCUGGACCCCACUCAGAGAGCCCUCUACAGAGAUGUCAUGCAGGGGAACUAUGAGACGAUGGUCUUGCUGGGUAAGGAUUCCUGUCCCUUCUGUUCUUGGAAGGGGAAAUGAAGAGUGAAGGUUCA